AUUAUAUCUCACUUCAUUUCUCUGUCUGUGAAUCUCUUGUCAAGUGACCUUAUAAGAAGGAGUGGUGCAAAAAAAUCUUAAACGAGUACGCGUAUUAGCUGUUCAGACUUCUGAAGUCUUUGAAGCGGGUUCAUAAUUAAUUAUUACAAGAUAAAAAUGGGAGUUGGAGGCACUCUGGACUACCUGUCUGAUCUAAUGGGCAGUGACCACCACCACAAGAAGAAGAAGAAGCAGUUACAGACAGUGGAACUUAAAGUGAGGAUGGACUGUGAUGGCUGUGAGCUUAAGGUCAAGAAAGCUCUCUCAUCCUUAAGUGGAGUAAAAUCGGUGGACAUAAACAGGAAACAGCAGAAAGUGACAGUAACUGGGAAUGUAGAAGCAAACAAGGUGCUAAAGGCGGCCAAAUCAACAGGGAAAAAGGCUGAGAUUUGGCCCUACGUGCCUUACAACUUAGUGGCUCAUCCAUACGCUGCUCCAGCUUAUGACAAGAAGGCUCCUCCUGGCUAUGUCAGGAGAGUAGAGGGCGCUCCUUCCACAGCAAUCGUGACAAGUUACGAAGACCCUUAUGUUACCAUGUUCAGCGAUGAAAACCCGAAUGCCUGCUCUAUCAUGUAGAUGAUCGAUGAGAGAAAAAUAUGUAUGUUAUCCGAAUAGCUCUGUAAAUUUUUCAAACUUCAACUGGGUUCUUUUAUUUUCUUCUCUGCUUCCUGUCCAAUUUUCAAGCUUUCCUUUUCCUGGAUAUCCUCUACAUUAAAAGGAGUAGUGGUCAUUGUUUUCCUAA